AUGGGAAAGGUAAGCCUUUUUGGAAUUUUUAUGUGAAUUCUUCUUCAAUUUAUUCUCUUAAAGUUCUUAUCACCGAAAACAAUUGAAAUGAUCUUUCUUUCUUUUUGAGGUAACUUGAACGAAACCGGGUUUUCAUUUUAAAAAAAAGUACGAAGAGAACGGCUAUUUCCUCGCAGCAAAAGCGGAACACAUAAAGAUAACCAUCUUUCUUUUUUUUUGCUCUCUUUCACGCCCUGUUGCUCAUAAAACCAGCUGGAAUGUAGUGAAAUCUUUGACCCGAAGGAAAAAAAAUUGCGAAACUGCGAGAAAAAUCCCUGGGAGGGAACAAACAGAAUGGCGAAAGACGGAGUUCCAUGGCAAACUGCAGUAUGGAGCCAGAAAAAAAAGAAAAUUCAAUCCUUGAGGUUAUCAUUGAUAAGUAAGCCCAAGCUUUGUAAACAUCCAGAAUUGUAGAAGACAAAUGAAGUAAUUGAACGAAACAAUAGAAAUAUUUUGACUACCAGAAAAAAAAAGAAAAACAGAGCUUCAUUGUAAACUUUGGAGUUGUUCUUCAUUUCUUUCCCAUCAUUUUUUCUUCGCUCCAUCAAUUCAUUAUAUAUAAACCCAUCGUAUCAUUUCUUCACCGUCAUCCAUCAUUACCCAUAAUGUUAUCUUAAGCGGCCCAAAAAAAACCUGCCCAGGCGUCCUCAGCUUCUACCUCUGACCGAACGAAACCCGUUUAGACGUUUUUAAUGUUGCUUUUAUAAUGUUAAACCUUUUCUUUAGUUUAUUUUUUGCGACUAAAUAACAGGAUAUAUAUCGAAAGCAGUACACGAAAAUGAUAUUUUUAACACUCGAAUAAAAAUUGUUCGAAGUACUGAUUUCUCUCAUCGGAUAACAGUCUCAGCUCGUAGUACUUCGUUUAAAACACGGUCAGCCAUCUUUCUCCUUCACGCAAAAUUAACAAAACAUAUAUAACUGUUCCAUGUUGUUUGGAAGAGGGAAAAGAUCAAUAAAUGAAAGAAACAAACCAUAGAACCCAAAGCAAGAAAAGACACUUCUACAUGCCGCUCAUUUUAGCUUGAUUAACCGAAACUGGUCCCAAGUGUUCCUUUGGUUAAUCAAGCUUUUUUUUUUAAAUGAGCGGAAUUGAAAAUAUCUUUUUUUGCUUUGGGUUCUAUAGUUUGUUUUUUUCAUUUAUUAAUCUUUUACCUCGGUUCCAAACUACAUGAAACAGUAGCUUUGCGUGAAUGAGAAAGAUGGCUAACCGUAUUUUCAAAGAAGUAGGGAAGAUUAUUACAGAAAUGUGAAUGCGAAAAUAUAUAUCUAAUUUUAACGCGCAUCCGUUUCGGUAACUACAUAGUAAAAUUUUUAAAAGCUUCACAAAACGAAGCCACAGCUCCUGCCGCCGUUUAAACACAGUUAAAUCAAUGAAAGUCGAUUGCACAUGUAUUCUUACAUUGAAGAUGCAAUAAACAGUUUUUUAAAAACACAAAACGAAAAAAAAAAUUGAAAUAAACAUUUUAAACUGAAGAUUUUCACGUUUUUCAGUUGUAGUAGAAAAUGUUUUCAGACUGAACCGGACAACAGCGUGGCCAGCACGUCGACGACGUUUGAUGAUACGAAAGGUCACCAUCGACGGACGUCUUCAUUAUGGGUCCCGCCUUCUAGGUGAAAACAAUAUGGAUAAUAAAAAUAUAUCGGUAAAAUAUCCAAGAAACUUGAACUUAUUAUUAAUUUUUUUUUUUUUGAGAAAAGAGGCUUAGCGUUUCAAUUCAUGAAAUGAGCGUUUUUAGUACAUUUUUCCUUUUUACUACGAGUCCCAACCGCUCAGAAACACCAAAAAAGGAAAAAGUCGACGAUUUUUGCGAAAAAUCAAUUUUUUUCAAGUUUUUUUCUAAGAAAGCUUUAAUAAAAAAACAUUUGUUCAAAAAAAAGAUUGAAUUCGAUACGUCAAAUAAGAAAAAGUUAGAAUGUUUUUACUAAAAGACCUACCGUAACCAGGGGGGCGGAGCCUCACAGUAACUAGCUUAAAAGACCACACAUUAUGUCUGUCUAGUAAUUGUGAUAAUAGUUUCAAUUCUCAAACCGAAGCUUGAAAAUCUUGUACCUAUGCUUCACUGCAGUUCAUCAAAUUUCUCAGAGAGCGUGUGUUAAACGAUAAUUUUUUUAAUCAAUUUAAAAAGAAAAUAAGUCUUCUCCUUGAAAGAGUUGUACCAAAUCACGAUAAAAUUUCAAUAAUUUUUUCUCGCAACAAUAUUUUAUAAGCUUUUUACGGAUACAGUUUCAAAAUUCCUAGAACUCUAAUUUUCCCUUUACAGAUCGAUAUUCUCCUCGCCGACGCAGGUGAUCCGAGAGAAAGCUGAAAAUGGCGAACGGAUACUUAAAACUCAUCCGGUUACACGGUAAAAAAAAUUAAGAAUCGUUGAAAAUCAGACUUUGUGACUUUUAGGUGGCUUUUUCGAAAUCGGCCGGUGUUACCCCAACAACGAAUAGUUGUACCUAAUAAUCAACCAGAACCACCUCCGAGGUCUUUAGUAAAAAAUAUGCGUUUCAAGAAAUGAAGGAAAUUAAAAUUUUAGGUAUGAACACCCCAAUAGGAAAUACAAUGACAAUCGGAUAUCAACAACAAAAUAUAGCAUUUUGACAUUUAUUCCGAGGAAUCUGUUUGAACAGGUUUGUCCUGGGGUAUCGAAAUACUGAACGAUCUGAAGUGAUCACUUAAGACGUAGAAGAAGCUUGAAAAGGGCAUUUAGAUAACUUGUAAGAUCUCUUGGAAGUAACCUGACUCCCUCCUUAAUAACUUAUCAAGAAAAAUUUCCCGGCGAAUAAUAGAAAAAAAUUUCAGAGAUUUUAUUUAGCGAAGGGGUAGUAGUUUUUAUCUGGGUCCUGACGCGGAAACUAAAAAGUUCCUUUUUUGGAAUACUCUGUCUACAGUUAGACUAGCGGAACCGCUUGAGAUUAACCUCUUGAAUAGUCACUUCGAUCGUCGAUUUCUUAAGUAGACUCUUAAUUUUUUCUUUGUCGAUUAACAAACUUUUGAAUCUUCUUCUUUUUCAGAUGCAUCGAGCAGCUAACCUGUAUUUCAUAUUUAUUGUGGUGCUGAACAUGAUCAUUGGGGCGUUCGGCAAGUACAUUUCCAUGAUGCCGAUUUCUUUCGUGUUGGGAAUCACGGCGAUCAAGGAUGCUUUUGAGGUAAAGCAGUGUAAAGCAAACCCAAAACGCGAUGGUCGCAGAGAGUUCGCGAUUUUUAAUUGCGCCCGACCUUCGCGGUUUUGUGAGGAGACAGUGAGAAUGGAAAACAGAGAGAGAGUUAGAGAAAUGUAUCGCCGCUGCGCCAGACCCUCAUGACUUUGCUACGAGCAAGAGACCGUAGGAGCAAUAGAGAGUUUUAGAGAAAUCAUUUUCUAGUGCGGCGGACCUUACGGUGUGCUCCGAGAGAUAUGGAGAGUGUUAGAAACAAUUUUGAAAAAAAAAAGAUUUUUUCUUCGCGAUCAUUGAUGCUUCAAGUAGGACCAAUUUUUGAAUCUCUAACGAUAAUUAUGUUUACUUUUUGAUUCCAGGAUUAUCGCAGAUAUAAAUCCGACCGAAAAAAAUCAAUCACUCAACCUGUCGUGUUUGGGAUUCAAGCCAAGGAAGGUCGGAAGAAAAAAAUAAAACAAAAAAACAAAUAACAGAAAUUUUUUUCUAGAUACCGUAAACUUGAAUGGCAGAAUAUUCUGGUUGGAGAUUUCGUUCACUUGUCUCACGAUGAAAUCAUCCCCGCGGAUAUGCUGCUUUUGAGGAGUAGCGAUCCUAAUGGUUGAAAAACGAACAAUUCGAUGGAACUCUACGUUUUUCAGGUGUUUGCUAUGUUGAGACCUCGAACUUGGACGGCGAGAGCAAUUUGAAACAACGACAAGCAAUCCGCGCCAUGGGAAAGUAUCACAAUGCAAAUGUGCCUCAGGACUUCUGCCCCGAUGAUUUCAAAUAUAGGGUUCGUAGAUUCUCAAUUCGUGAUAUUAUAGUCUGAAAAAUUAAGUAUUAACCUGGAGUUAUUUCAAUUUCUUACAUCUUACAAUUUUUUUUUUUUGAGCUUAAAUAAUACUUCUAAUUAAGCACCUGAAGCUUUAUAAAAUUUGAAAAAUAGAAUGCAAUGUGUUCAUAGGGAUCUUUUUUCAAUUCUUUUCGAAUUUUUUUUUCCACAGCCUUGAGCAAAGAAAAAAACUGCACAAUUGGCUCUUCACGAGUUCACUUUUUUGCUCUUUCUACCCGUGAUUUAUUCUCGGCGACAAGACAAACUUAAAGGAGAAGAAGACGCUGUGCCGUGGUUUUCUCGUGGAAACUGUUUGCAGUGUUUGAACAAACAAGAAAAAGAAAAGAGACAACUAUGAAAACUCCCGUUUUUGUCGCCUUUCAAAUUUUUGCUUGUUUGUUUGCGAACGGUUUCAUGUCUACAUGUAUGUGAGCACCGUUGAUGUUUGAAUGGAAAUGGGUUUUUGAAUUGGUUGCGAAUCGACUCGUUUUUUUGCCGAAUAGAAGAGGAAAGUUGAGAGGGAAGUAAAAAAAAAAGCUGUUUUUCUGAGUUUUAGAAAAUCAAGGUCUUUCUUUUAAAGAAGUGCUUUAGAAUAUAUAAGUGAAUUCCAAAAUACUGAUGAACUUGUCAAAGAUAGAAGCUUUUUUCGGUGAUUUUGAAGAACUAUAACAGACUUCUUUUCUUAUUUUGAUACCUUGAGGUAUUUUGUACUAUAAGUGGACCUUUUGUUUUGAAAUUGGGCUCCAUUGAGAUAACCUCUUUUUUUAAAAGUUAAAAUUCUUUAAUUAUUUACAAAUUAUUUAAGGUCGCUUGCGAACUUCCAACCACAGACGUCUAUAAGUUUGAGGGCCGGCUUGAAGCUGUUGAAGGAGGUUUUCUCUUGGAAAAUUCCGUAUUUUUUGAAGAAAUGAGUUUCAGGACCACCAAUCGCUCGGGAGUUCACGAUAUUGGCCAAGGAAAAUGUGCUUCUCCGCGGUUGUGUUGUCAGAAACACGGAUUUUGUCGAAGGAAUCGUUUUGUAUGCUGGACCGGAUACUAAAGCCAUGCUUAAUAAUGGUGGACCGAGAUAUAAAAGGUACUUGAAAAAUGAAAUCUCUCAAACCGUGCUGCUAUUUUUUCAGGAGCACCUUGGAAAAAUUGACGAACAUUGACAUCAUUUGGUGCGUUGUGAUCCUAUUGGCCUUGUGCAUCACCGCGGCGAUUUUGACGGGUUGAAUAAAAUAAAAGUCUGUUUUAAACGGAAAUAAUUUUUAGGCGUCUUCCUGCGAGGCUUCGAUGACCCCUAUGCUGUUCCUUUCCUGACAUAUUUUCAAGAUUUUGUCAAGGAUCCCAUCAAUAAACCGAACAAGACGACCAGCGAGUACAGUUAUCGGCCGUCUUUCGAAAGCUGGUGGAACUUUUGGAGCUAUGUCAUUGUUCUGCAGGUGUUUUUCAUGUUCUUGUAAAAAAGGCUGAAAAGCUUAUUAAAGACUUUCUGCGACUUUUCAGGCAAUUUGAGAUAAUUACUCACAUUUUUUAUCACUCUGGAAAAUUUUCUAGAACAAGUCCAUGUAUAAAUCCGUUUCAAGUCGUUAAAAAUAGAGAAAAAAUUUUGAUUAUUUUAUAUUUUUUCCAGGUUUUGAUUCCCAUAUCGUUGUACGUCUCUAUUGAAUUCAUCAAACUCGGCCAAGUCUGGCUGAUGUCCCAAGACAAGGACAUGUACUAUGACAAGGUUGACAAACGACUCCAGUGCAGGUUUCCGAGGAGAACGAAGGAAAUGAAAGAGCAAUGUUUUAGAGCACUCAAUAUUACGGAAGAACUUGGCCAGAUUCAAUAUGUGAUGUCGGAUAAAACUGGGACUCUGACGGAGAAUCAGGUACACAUCGGAAAUUCUUCAAAGACACACUUCCUUUUUUUUUCAAUCAUAAAACAGCGUACGAGCUCUCUAAACCCGGCAAAAAGGACUACUGUAAAAGUUCAAAAAAGUUAUUUUCAAAGAGAAUUCAUUCCAGAUGGUGUUCCGUCGAUGCUCGGUGGCCGGAAGAGAUUACGGUGGUCGGCCAGUAUCAGACGUCGGUUCUUCUCUGGCCUUGGUCGCUUCCAACUUGGCGAAAGACGACGAGAAAUCCAAGUCGCGUCGUCAAAUGGCUGCUCUUGCCGCCGCUGCUGCGACUGCGUCCACAGGACGACCGCGACCAUCGCGAGAUCCCGCCCUGGAAACGCAGCUUUCGGCGAAAGUCCGCGACGCCAACUUCGACGACCCCGUCUUCGCCUUCUUUCUCACGAUGGCCAUCUGCAACACGGUCGUCGUCAAUGCGAAGCCUCACGAGGAUCUGAUGGACCCUGAUGGUGACAUCAUCAACAGCCGCUUCGAUUUCGACGAUUCGGAUGAGAGCAGCAGCGGGUCGAACAACAGCAGUGCCCAGCAUUUGGAGGUGAGUUAGAUAAUCAUCGAAACUCCACUGCAUUGUGAAAAAGACUUGAAGACAGACCUAAAACUGAUCAUCUGAGCUUAGAGCAUAAUUAUCUCAUUUUCACAGGAAGUGGAAGAGGAGGAAUCGUCCAGCUCGGCCAGCUCACCCACAAAUAGUCCCGUUGAGGGUGAAGAAAGGCCGCAGAAAAAAGCGGACGACGGUUUUGAAGACAUUGAGCUUAUCCAGUUUCCUGAGGAGAAGAAAGUUAGAAAUCCUUUUGAAAAUGUGGAAAGUGAUCUUGUUCAGGCAUCAGACGAUGAAGUCGAGAAAGAUGAAGAGCCAGAACCGAAGAAAGACAAAGAGUUCAAAGGGCUGCAGAGUAUUCUACACCGGCCUUCGAUCCUGAGCCUCGGUCCGCUGGUCAAGCUCAAGGGCAUCAAGAGUCCGUUCAGGAGGUAGCCAUGGGUUUCUUGGAAACAAGUUUGAACGAUUAACCUUUGAAGAAAAGAUAUAUGACUACUGAGGAAGUAAUUUAGUUAUUCAGACUUGAUAAAAUUCUGGCUUCGCUGAGCGCAUCAGUUGAAAAGUUGAGAAGCUAGUUUUUCGUCUCUCUUUUCUCAUCUCAUCAUAUUUCGAAAAAAAUCGCUUGAUUAGGUUUUCAAUUUGCUCAUAUUUUGAAAGGAGCUAUUGACAACUAAAUCCCAAUAUUUUUUUUUAACAAAAACUAGAAAACCAGACUGCUGAAAAAAAUACUUUAAAAAAACCUUUCAAAACUGAGUACGCUUUGAAUCUACGCAAAGUUUGAAUUUCUGUGAUCAAAUUUUCUCAUUGACUGUUCUACCAUUAUCUCUGAACUGCUAUUUUUCUCGUUGUGCAGAAUUAAAAAGGGCAGGUUGGAAAUUUCUAAAUAGAAUACUUCAAAAGUUUAUCAACCUAUGUUUAUAAUGGAUAUAAUAAAUUUUUUUUUAAUAUUCUGCUUCAAAAAUAAAAAUGACAUCUUCAGAUCCGUGGACAAACGCCAUUCGACUUCAUCCGUCGCCCCGCCUCCGAUCCAUUCGUUCUACGAUUCGGAGUCUCCUGAUGAGCUCGCGCUUGUCGAAGCUGCCCGAGAGUACGGAGUCCGACUCUUGAAGCGUCGUUUUGAUGAAGUUAUCAUCUACUUGAGGCAUUCCACGCAAAGCAUGAAGUUCAAGGUUCCGGAGCAAAUUUCAUGAAUUGAAAAAUUGUGGUUUUCUAGGUUCUUCAUACCCUUCCUUUUGAUGCUGAUAGGAAACGAAUGUCUGUGGUUGUAAGGGAGUGCACUGGGAAGAGACGGGUCAUGCUUCUGACAAAGGGUUCGACCAGAAGUUCAGAAGUUACCACAUUUCGAGUUUCAGGAGCUGAUGCCUCAAUUCUUCCAGUCCUGAGCCAAGAGUUCUGCUCUUCCGGUGAAGGAGAGGAGAUCAUUUUCCAAGUACCCAGUCUUCCGAAAAAUCAUAUCUUUGCACAUCCAUUUUUAGUCCCAAGAACACCUGAGCAAGUACGCCAAGGAAGGCCUCCGGACACUCUGUCUCUCGCGGAAGAUCUGGUCCGAAGAGGAGUACCAGGCUUGGCGGACCCAACACGAGGAGGCCGAACUUGACCCUCAUCACAGCGAGAAUCUGCUCCAGGACAGCACGAUGAAGGCCGAGAUGAACUUGGAGCUCCUUGGUUGGAAAAAAGACUUCUUCUUGUAGACAGAGAAAAUCUAGGUGUGACAGCGAUCGAGGAUCGCCUUCAAGACGGCGUUCCCGAGUGCAUCCACUCCCUCAGAGAGGCUGGCAUCCGGGUUUGGGUCUUGACUGGGGACAAGGUCGAGACCGCCGUCAAUAUUGCUUACUCUUCGAGGUGAGUCGUUCAAAAAACUUUUGCUUCGGCGUCAUUCAGAAUUAUGAUGAGCUUGCGCUUCCAACAAGUGGUCAGAUGCCUUCCACAUACCUUCCCAAUAUCUUUACCUUCCAAAAGCCUGCUGGAAAGCUUCUGGCAGGCAUUCUCAUAUAUUUCCUUUUGUCUUUCAAAAACCUUCCAACUACCUUCCCAAAACUUUCGCAAGGCCUUCUCAAGACCUUCUAACUUCCAUUCACCUUCCAACGUCCUGCUGGUUACCUUUUAAAGAUUGACCUGAGUAGUCGAUGUUCUGGGUGUUUCUAUACGGGAUCACGCAAUUAUUUAAAUUAAAUUUUACUAGUAAUUUCAUCCUUCCCUUUUACAGGCUUUUCUCUCCUUCGAUGGACUUGCUCAACAUCGGCGCCAAUGGAGUUCGUGGCGUUUCGGAUCUGAUUGACGAGCAUUUGAAGCGGAUCGCCAGGUCUGGAACGCUUUCCUUCGCUUCUCAGCCCUCAAACUAAGUUCCAGAAUGUAAUAUCUACCCAUUCAGAGCCCGAGAAGUGACGGACUACGCUGGCGACUCGUUCGGCCUAGUUCUGAACGCGGCGACGAUGAACUACUGCACGGACCCGCACAACAUCGACCGCUUCGUCUCCCUCCUCCGGCAGUGCAGAUCGGUCCUUUGUUGUCGUGCGACGCCGCUCCAGAAGGCCGAACUCGUCUCCUUGGCCAAGCAUCGUCUUCACGGCAAAGUCUUGGCCAUUGGCGAUGGUGCCAACGACGUCAGCAUGAUUCAGGUCAGUUAAAAUUUCAUGAAAAAAAGGAAGAUUAGGUGGGAAAGUAAAUGGAAGUGUAUAAUCUCACUGGGAGGUCAUUAUACUUGUGGGUUCAAAAUUUUUUACGAAUUUGCUUUGAAGGUUCAGAUUCAUCAUAGUGGCUCUGCUCACUUUUCUAUUUUUGAAGAUAUGAUUUUUAGUUGCAAAGUAUGGUUGUUAAGCCUAAUUUUCCGAACGUUAAAAAUAAUCAUCUCAAAUACUAUAAUUUUGCGCAGGACCUUGAGAAACUUUCAUUUAGACAUCUGAAGCGUUUUUGAAAUUUAUGUAAAAAUCAAGUACUGUAAAGCCUAUAAGGUAAAAGAGUCAUAAAAAAAAUUAGUAAGGCGAGUAAUCAACGGGUUUUUUGCUGUACGGGAGGUUUUUUUCGAAGCUGAAAAUCUCUUCGAAAAUUCCCAUGAAUUUUCUGAAAUCGCGUUUUAGGGAGCCGAUGUCGGUGUCGGAUUAUCCGGCCAGGAAGGCAUGCAGGCUGUUAUGGCAAGUGAUUUCGCGAUGGCUCGUUUCCGAUUCCUAGCCAAACUUCUUCUGGUUCACGGUCAUUGGUGCUAUUAUCGUCUCGCUCAAACUAUCCUCUACUUUUUCUAUAAAAAUGCGGUUUCUUCACCUCUCCUCAACUCAUCUCAUUUCUUCCUCUACAGAUGCUGGUCUUUGUCAUUUUCUGGUAUCAAAUCUUCAACGGGUUCUCUGCACAAGUGCCAAUUGAUCCGGUCUACCUGAUGGUCUACAACUUGAUUUUUACUUCGGGUAAGGAUUUGCAGAACUCGAAGGGUCUUCUUUAGGGUUUAUAUACUGAAAACCUUGCGAAAAGCUCUUCUAAAUUUAUUUCUCAUCAAAAAAAUUGUUCACUUGUAGUCCCUCCUCUACUCUUCGGCUGCACUGAUCAGGAUGCAUCUUCGGAAAUUCUGCUCGAAUAUCCGCGGCUUUAUGAGCAGGGCCGUCUAGGAAAGGUUAACCAAAAAGUUCUACUCAUUUUUUGUUACUUUCAAAUGUUUAGCGAUAUCGCUGGUAUUCUUUUUGGAUGAAUAUGGUCGAUUCGCUCUAUCAAAGCGCCGUCGUUUAUUGGAUUUGUCAUUUUGUAAGCUGUUCUUCAAGAUUCUCAGUUCCUCGAUUUUUUCAGGCUUAUGCUGGAACAGACUGCGACAUGUGGAUGUUCGGAAACUUGUUGAUAACUCAGCUCAUGCUCGUCAACACGGCUCAUCUCGCGCUCCUUGUGCAGUACUGGGUGAGUUCGUUGGAUUUACGAGUAAAAAUUUAUUCAUUGAAAGUGUUUCCUCACUAUUUUGAGGAAAGUCAUCAUUUCAUUUUUUUGAGUAUCGAAAAAGUUCAAUUUGAGUCUGAGAACUUAGUUUUUGUAAUGCUGCAGACUCCGAGCAGCUCGAAAAAUUCCAGAUCGCUUAAAAAAAGCUCAAAUUAUACGCGUUUUCGCUUUUAUUUCAGUUUCUCGUUUCUAGCGAUAAAUUUUCAACGAAAUUAGGCUUAAAGCUUUAGGAAAUGGUGUGGAAAAUUCAAAAUCAACCUUAUGAAAACUCCAUGGAAGAAAUGAUAGCCUUUUCUUUGUAAAAUUUGAGCUCAAAAUUAGGUCUAACUUUUUUCCCUUUUUCAGACGUGGCCCAUGUUCUGGUCGAUGGCCCUCUCAGUAGUGUCGUUCUUCUUGUGCGCUCUACUGUACAACGGCUUUGUCACUCCGAACUGGACUUGGACCAACGUCAAGGAUCCGCCAGUGUUGAUCGCCGAAAAGGCGCUCUCGGACUGUCGGUUCUGGGUUUCACUUCUGCUGUCCGUUGUCCUGAGCCUCGUGCCGCGGUUCGUCCUCACCUCCAUGGUCAACACCUUGACGCCGUCCACCAUCCUCAGAAGACGCAUCGCCGCUAAGCAGGCCGAGAAGAAACGCGCUUCAGGUAAUGCUGAGAGUAGUUCGGAUAAUACACUCACACAUUCAGUCUUCAAAGAUUUUUGAAUCAUGGAAUAGUUCUAAAGUUUUCUGUCGGCUUGCGAAACGGUCGUUGAUCAAGAACGGCGCAAAAUAUAUCGCCCUUAUUUUGUGAUAAUAGUAGAAGGUUUUUGACGAUCAGCUGCUUCUCUAUAAAGGAAAAGUACGGCUCCCAGCUCGUUCAGGCUGCCAGGCGUGGGCGGAAAUAAAGACCACUUCUCGGGAGGUGGAAAUGAAAUAACAAGUUUGCCUUGGCUAUGAGAAAAAUAUUUCUAAGAAAAAAACUUGAUCAAAAAAACGUGAAAUUUGAACUUUUUUUGAUUGUGAUCCUCAUCUAGAAUGUUGAAAUUAGAAAGCCUGAUAAAAAAAUUGAAUGCGCGAAGAUUUUUUUGAAUCAAAUUUUUAAAACUUGAAACAAAAAAAUUUUUCGUAUUUAAUGGAAUGUUUUGCGCGAAGCGCACGAAAAAUAGAAUUUUUGACUCUUCCACUCGUAAAUAGUGCAGCGAAGUUGAGAGAUCUGAAUCUUUCGAUUAUCUACGCAGCCAAUAAUUGUCGAAUUCUCACUCCUAGCCAUUUUUCCUCGGCAUCUACUUCAUUUAAAAAAAUUCCGAAGGCUUGUUUUUUUUCGAAAGCAAUCAUGAUUAAUGAACAUUUUUGCAUUUAUAAAUCUGUUUUCUUCAGCAUUGCUCAUGUUACAGGCAUGACGUCAUGCCUAGUGAACUGCGUUUUGACGCCGGUUCGGUGCGGCCGCGUCGUCUGUUGCUGUGGAUCUCAAAACCAUGUUUGUUUUCAUUUAUCUCGAUUCAAUUCACCUGAUAAAAAUGGGUGCAUGUUGAAAAUGACAUCAUUUCCUCGAACUUAUAAUUCUGUUGCAGAGAAUCUCCGACCAGACGAUUCACGUUCCGUGA